CACCGCCAAGCCAAGACCUGCCUCUUUCUCAAAAGUUUUGGGGCGCGCCGCAUGGCGAUUGAUUGCUGGGCGUUGAUGAAUCGAGGACGUUGAUAGCGCGUCAAACUCCACCCGCCGGCCAUCAUCACCACCCCCGACUGCUUUUACGACAGCAAUAUCAUCAUUUCACGGCCCAAAUCCGAGUCGCAUCACGAGUACAUCAUCAAGCUUUUCCCCCUGACGAACAAGAGCCGACGGCUCACAGCUGUCCAAGAUGGCGGCCCCAAAAAUGACCAAGAACCAAAUGCGCCGGGCAAAGAAGAAGGAGCAGAAAAAGGCACAGGUGGAGAACGGCUCAAAAGCCCCAGAAGAUACCAAGGAUGACACCCCAAGGGAAAACGGAUCUCUACCAGAAGACCAAACACCCGUCGCCGAUCUCGAAGUCAAGAAGGAUGGCGAUGAAGACUCAAAAAUGGACGCCGAUGGUCCCAUCAUCGACGAAAUCCCAUUGGACGACCCCGCCUACGCCGAUUUCAAGAAAGCGUUCGAAAAGUACGGCAUGAGCCUGGACGACGACGACGAGGUAGCAAAAGAGGCCAACGCAGGCAACAAGGGCGAGGUCUUCUUUGACCAGGACGACGAGAUUCCCAGCGAAGACGAAGACGCGCAACCAAAGAUGUCCAAGAAGAAGCGCAAAAAGCUCAACAAGCUCUCCAUCGCAGAGCUCAAGGCUCUCGUGCGGACCCCAGAGGUGGUGGAAUGGAACGAUGUCUCGUCGUCAGAUCCACGUUUGUUGGUACAAAUCAAGGCGCAGCGCAAUAUUGUUCCUGUGCCUGGGCAUUGGUCGUUGAAGCGUGAGUACCUCUCCAGCAAGCGUGGCAUCGAGAAGCCGCCGUUCAAGCUCCCCCAGUUCAUCGCCGAGACGGGCAUCACCGAGAUGCGAGAUGCGGUGUUGGAGAAGCAGGCCGAGCAAACCCUCAAGCAGAAGCAGCGAGAGAGAGUACAGCCCAAGAUGGGCAAGCUCGACAUUGACUACCAAAAGCUCUACGAUGCCUUCUUCCGCCACCAGACCAAGCCAGACCUGACUCGAUUCGGUGACGUCUACUACGAAGGCAAAGAGUGGGAGGCCGACUACAAGAUCUUUAAGGCUGGCGAACUCAGCGAAGGACUCCGGGAUGCUCUAGGGAUGCAACCAGGCUUUCCUCCCCCAUGGCUCCUCCAGCAACAACGCAUCGGUCCUCCCCCGUCUUACCCAACCCUCAAAAUCCCGGGCUUGAACGCCCCUCUCCCACCAGGAGCUUCUUGGGGCUUCCAGCCUGGUCAAUGGGGCAAACCCCCACUAGACGAAUACAACCGUCCCCUCUACGGAGGCGAUAUUUUUGGCCUCAUGGUCCCGGGACAGCCAGGGUACCCCACGGGCGCACCAGCUCAACCAGGCCAGCCCGCAGCAGCAGCAGCAGCGUACAUCACCCCGGCGGAACCAAUUGACCGCACACUUUGGGGAGAACUCCAACCCCCCGCCGAAGAGUCGGAAGAGGAAGAAUCCGAAGAAGAAGAGGAAGAAGACUCGGACGAGGAAGACGGAGACCACAUCCCGGCCGGUGGGAUCGAAACUUCCACCGGCCUCGAAACUCCAGGCGGAUACGCCAGCGCACUCCACCCUGACGCCUCUGGUAUUGAAUCCAGCAUGGGAGGUGAAUUCGAUCUCCGGAAACAGUCCCGCAGGGGCUACGAAACGGAGGAACACCCACGGUCGGCGUAUACCGUCAUCCCAGAAAGGCAAACGAGAGUGGAGGGCUUCUUUGGCUCGGAUAAGACGUACGACUUGGGGAGACACGGGGCCGGGCUGCCGGUGCUGGGGAGGGAGGAUGAGGAGAGCAGGAAGAGGAAGAAGCCGGGGGAUGUGGAGGUCAGUCUUGAUCCGGAUCAGCUGGUGAGGGAGGAGGGGGUGAGCAAGGAGGAGCUGAAGAAGAGGUAUGAGCAGGGGAGGAGGGAGGAGGGGGUGGGGGCGCAGUGGAACAAGAGCCAGUUUGAGGAGGAUUUGACGGAUUUUAUUGCGAGUGAGAGCAGGAAGAGGCAGAAGAGGGACGAGGAACGGAGGGGGGAGAGAAGGAGAUGAUGCCGGAUUCGUACAUCAAAACGGGGGGCUUGGCGUUUAGCGUUUGGUAAACAUGGGGGUUUGGGUUGUUUAAUAGUGUAGGACAUAACUAGAUUGCAGGUGCAUAAGCGCAUUUUUUGAUGCUUCAGUGGUCUUGAUUGUAGAAUAGAUAGAUGGAGGCUCUGAUUGUGGUUGAACUUUGUACUGAACAAUC